AUGAAGAACGUCAAUGCCACGGCGCAGACAGAGAAAUGGUCAACUAGAGGAGGGUUGACACGGGAAGACUCGGAUGAUGAGUUGGGUUACGAAGACCACCCAUGGCAUUGGAUAUAUGCCGAAGAAGGCUCAGAGAGCAAUGCUACGGCAUCGGCGCCGACAAAGAAACGCAAGGCUAGCGUCAUACAGACGAGGAAGAUAGUGGGUGCGCGCAUGGGUGCCUUCACGAUUCGUGUUGGCGAUGCUGUACUCCUGAAAUCUCCUGAGCAGGGCAAAGAUUGGGCGGGGCUGGUUUGUGCUUUCUCAGAUACAGAUGACGAUGGCGAAGAAGAAAUGUGUGCUCACAUACAGUGGUUUUGCGCUCCAGAAGAGCUGCUUGCCGGACCAAGCCUAAAAUCGAAGUCAAUACCGGAAUCUCUGCCUAACGAAACCUAUAUCACAGCUGAUUUCAAUAUGAACCCCUUAACGGCGAUUAAUGGAAAGGCAAUUGUCCUGUCGAAGGACCAGUUCUUUCAAGCGUACCCAUCUGGCGAAGCUCCAAAAUCAAAGUCGGGGGCCAUCAAGUUUGCCAAAACUAUUAUGUGUCGACGGGCUGUCAAGCAAAGAAACAUGAUCUUCUCGGAGGAAUUUAACUGGGUAGAGAAGUGCACAGGAGCGCAUAGCCUCCUUGACCUUCUUGAGUGGAUCGAGGAGCAGACUAAGAGCAAAUCCAGAGCGAAGCCUGAAGACCAGGCUUAUCAGCAGAACAAAGGUCUAGAAGAGGAACUAAUGCCUAUCACACCAAAGAAGCGGAAGAAAACCACGAGUGCUAUAAGCACCCCUAAGUCAACUGCGAAAACGACCAAUUUCAUCACUCCCACUAACAAACGUAUUAUGAUCAGAAAACCUCUCGAGAUCACUCCUUUGGGUACCAGAGUACUUUCUCCGUCACAACUCAUAUCGACCCCUUAUGCUCAUGCAAGGACAAUUCUUCAUGUGUCGGCUGUACCGACUUCUUUACCAUGCAGGACAGUCGAGUUCGACACAGUUUAUUCGCAUCUCCAUUCCGCCAUUACUGACGGGUCAGGAACGUGCAUAUAUAUAUCAGGAACGCCAGGUACUGGCAAAACAGCUACCGUUCGAGAAGUGGUUGCAUCCCUGCAUCAGGCAGUCCUUCAGGAUGAGCUCGAUGGUUUCAACUUCGUUGAGAUCAAUGGCAUGAAGGUAACAGAUCCUCACCAGUCCUAUGCCAUACUUUGGGAAGCUUUGAAAGGUGAUCGACUCAGUCCGACUCACGCGUUGAGUCUGCUUGAACAUGAGUUCUCACAUCCUAAUCCUCGCCGUAUACCAUGCGUCGUGCUUAUGGAUGAGCUUGAUCAGCUGGUAACGCGUAAUCAAGGCGUGAUGUACAACUUUUUCAACUGGCCGGCUCUUCGACAUUCGCGCUUGAUCGUGCUCGCGGUAGCAAACACCAUGGAUCUGCCAGAACGUACCUUGUCUAACAAGAUCAAUUCGAGACUCGGGUUGACCCGAAUAACUUUCCCUGGCUAUACUCAUACGCAAUUGAUGGAAAUCAUAUCUUCGCGUCUACAAGGAGUGCCAGGAAACAUAGUAGACCCUGAUGCUGUUCAGUUCGCGAGUCGAAAAGUUGCAGCUGUGUCGGGCGAUGCCCGUCGCGCACUUGACAUCUGCCGCCGCGCUGUUGAAAUAGCAGAGAAGCAAGCGGAGGGACAGCAAGUGGCCGGAAACGCUGGACAAGAAGAUGCUGGGUUCGACGUUAGUACUCCAUCACGUACUGGAAGGAAAAGACAGAAACCUGAAUCGGCAGUAGAGCAUGCGAGCAGUGUCAAACCCUUAGCCCGAGUCACAAUUGCAACAAUCAAAGCAGCUAUUAACGAAUCCACUUCCUCACCGGUCGCUCAAUACUUGCGAGCCUUACCUCUUACCGGAAAGCUUUUCCUUGCAGCAUUGUUGGCACGUUCCCGGCGCACUGGUAUAGCUGAAGCAACAGUUGGUGAAGUGUUCAUUGAAUCGAAACGUAUUGCAGAUGUGGCUGAUAACACUGCCGUUCAGGAUUUCCUGAUUGUCGACCAGAGAGCACCUCGACUCCUGACUAUGGGAGCUGUGGCUAUGGACCUUGUUGACGCUGGACUUGUUCUGAUGGAUGUCAAGUCCCGUGGCGAACGUGCGGGUAAAGUCAGGCUUAAGAUUGCCGAAGAUGAGGUGAGAAGUGCAUUGAUAAACGACAUAGAAGUAAAAGGCAUGGGACUCGAAGCCUGA